AGCAAUCUUGUCUCUUGAACAUUCCCUCCACUCUCUUCAAUUUUCUUUAAUCCCUCGUUAUUAUAAUAUCUUCUCCAUCCAGCAAACUCCCUCCCACCCUCACUCACUUCUUCCAUUUCCCAAAUGUCUGACACUCUCGCCGACCUUGCUUCAUGGCUGCCGUCCGACUUUCUCACCGACGAGGACAACUUUCCCCUCCUUCUCAACAAUCACAAUCCGCACCUUUUCCCUUACGAAUUCGCCUCCUCUUCUUCCACAGAGUCUGAGAGCGACGAAGAUGACAUCGCCGGCGUAACUCGCCGCUACACUCGCUCUGUUUCCUUACAAGAGCGUAUCAACACUCCUUACCCUUUUGAGAAGAGGGUUUUCUCUGGUUCGCCGGAAUCUACUUUGAACUGGACUGUUUCUGGGCCUACAAAGAGUUAUUCCUCUCCGACAACACCGCUAGUUCAAGCAGACAAACACUCUUGGGAUCUAGUUUACGCGGCGGCAGGUCAGGUGGCGAGGAUGAAGAUGAGGAUGAAUAACGUCGGAGACAACGUUUUUACAAACAGAGAAAGCGAAUUGUUUAUAAGGCAGCAACAAUUUCGUCAGAGAGUGGCUGGAGGCGGAGGUCGAUGUGGAGGUGGCCGGCCGGCGGGAUUUCGUCAGUCUCCAUGGCCUCCGCUCCCAGUUGAAAAUCAACGCCUUCAUCAACUCCCGAAUGGGGUCAUAGCCAAACCUGUUCUUGGCGGAUCUGGUGGCCGAUGUGGCGGUGGGACCGCCGUUGUCAAAAGGGAAUGUGCCGGUACCGGCGUGUUUUUGCCCCGUAGAUACUGUAAUGAUCCAGAGGAAAUGAAGAAAAAACCUGCAUGUUCGCCUGCUCAUCUGCCAGCUAGAGUGGCUCCGUCAUUCACCAAAAACAUGGACCCCAUUAAGGCACAAGCUCAACCAACCAUCCAUGGCGGAUUUGCCCCACACUACGAAAUUGCAAUUGCUCGAAGGAACGCUGCGAUGUUAGCCCAGCAACGGUGGAGCGCCACCCUCGUGAGUGUCGUCCCUGAAACGCCGAUGGGACACUCCGAAGUCGUCCUCCCCCAAGAAUGGACGUAUUGAAGGUCAAAAGGGUAGUAGAUAGGAAACAUAAUUGUAGGAAUUUGAAUAGUAAUAGUAGUAUAGGAGGGAUGAAGAAAAAAAAUAAAAGGGGAUCCAAGGUUUUGAAUUUUGAAAUAGUUUUUUGUUGUGGGGUAGGUUUUGUUUCUUUGAAAAAAAUGGGGGUGGGUAGUAAAGAAUAAAUACGGCGUGGGGUUGUUUUUGUUGUAAAAGGGAAAGUGGAAGGGUAUUUUUGGGAUUAUGCGGAAUGGUUUGAAUUUGUCUCUUUUAUUCAAAAUCAAUAAAAGAGGGCUAAAGUUGUUGGUUUGGAAUGGAAUUUGUACCCUUCCAUUCCCUUGUCAGCCAUUUCUCUACCUUCAUG